AUGUUGUUGCUUCCAGUGGUGUCCCAGCAGUUCCACCUGCAGCCGCAGCAGUUAACAGUGCUGCAAGGCUCCGAAGUGAGAUUCAACGCCACGGUGGAGGGAGCCUGGCAGCUCAUGACCUGGACCGUCGGAGGCCUUCUGGUCCUCACUGUCUCUUCCAACAAUACCGUGACCGCACCCACAGGCCAGUUUACUGCCAGAUACUGCUCCGCUGGUGACCCCAGCUGCGUGGAGUUCACCAUCCACAACGCCACCCGCAGGCAGUCCGGCUCGGUCAUCUGCGCUGUGCUGGGGCCUUACGGAUCAAGGACGGCACAGCUUAGUGUACAAGAGAGUGGUACCGUCAGCAUCUUGGGAGGCAACGUGACAGUGGUGCAGGGCCAGCAGGUGGAGUUCCAGUGUGUAACGUUUGCUUGGUGCCCCGAUUCUACUCUCACCUGGACCCUCAAUGGUGAAGCUGUAAACAGCAGCCUGUACAACACCACCAGCAGAGGUGAUGGGGAUUGCUCAAACUCCACCAGUGUCCUGAAUGUCCACGCAGUCAGCACCACCAGGGUGGAGUGUUUGGCGACUAUGUCGACACUAACGAGCCCUGAAUCCAGCUCUGUCUUCUUGGUGGUUGUUCCCAAGCCUCCUGACUGGACUGUGCUGAUAUCUGUGGUCGUGUCCUUCGGAGGUGCUGCUCUGCUGGUUUUGCUCAUCACUGGAAUCGUCUUCUGCUACAAACGCCGGAAAGAAAAAAAACCCAGCUACCAAAAUGAGAUGAGCCGGAGAGUGAGGACGCAGAGCGAGAUAAGUGGUGUCAAUGCAGCCGGAAAAAAGGAGGGUCAAGAGAACGCAGGAUAUGUGCCGGACGGUAAAACAAGUGCCGCUCCCAGUGAAGUCACUGACAGUGGCUUUUUCCAGGCAAACGGCUCCCAUAUUUUUCAGAUGCCUGAUUUUGUGAACAGUAGCCAGGCAGAAAAUACCUCCACGAGUCCCUUCAACACAGUGGAUGACCUGGGCUUCAGGAAACACAGACAUGUCACCAUUGUAUAA